AGACAGAGGGAGAAGGCAGGCAGCAUCAUGGCGGACAGAGACAGUGGAAGUGAGCAGGGAGGAGCAGCCACGGGCCCAGGCUUCGGUUCCAUGCACCUAGCGACAGGAGGGGCGGGCUCGGCCUCCGGGCUCCAGCAUGAGACCCAAGAGCUGGCGUCGAAGAGGGUUGACAUCCAAAACAAACGCUUCUAUUUGGACGUUAAGCAGAACGCGAAAGGCCGCUUCUUAAAGAUAGCAGAAGUCGGGGCCGGUGGAAACAAGAGCCGCCUCACUCUCUCCAUGUCCGUGGCGGUUGAGUUCCGUGACUACUUGGGGGACUUCAUCGAACAUUAUGCCCAGCUGGGUCCGAGCAACCCGGGGAUGGUACAAGACGAACCCAGGCGAGCCCUCAAAAGCGAGUUCUUGGUCCGAGAAAAUCGGAAAUACUAUAUGGAUCUGAAAGAGAACCAGCGGGGACGGUUUCUGAGGAUUCGACAGACCGUUAACCGGGGGCCCGGUUUGGGAUUCACGCAAGGCCAGACGAUUGCUCUGCCUGCCCAGGGACUUAUUGAGUUUCGUGACGCUUUGGCUAAACUUAUUGACGAUUAUGGUGUAGAGGACGAACCUGCAGAGUUGCCCGAAGGGUCAUCGUUGACUGUGGACAACAAACGGUUUUUCUUCGACGUCGGAUCCAAUAAGUAUGGUGUGUUUAUGAGGGUAAGCGAGGUGAAGCCAACGUACCGCAACUCAAUUACAGUGCCCUACAAAGUGUGGUCCAAAUUUGGGAAUACUUUCUGUAAAUAUGCCGAGGAGAUGAAGAAGAUCCAGGAGAAACAGCGGGAGAAAAGGGCAUGCGAGCUGCAGCAACAAGAGGAGAUGCAGCCGGACGAUGGAGACGAGGAUUGAUAUAGACAGCAAAAGAGAGAGAAAAAAAAACAUGCCAGAGUAAUGAAAAAUAACAAGAGAAUUAUAAUUAAAAACACACUCUACUGUAUAAUGAAAGAAAUCUAAAGAUUUAACUAUUGGUUUAACCAAGGGAGCAUCACCCACAAUAUAAGAAACCUCCACGACCUGACAGUUAUGACAUGUUGUCACUCAUCGCUGGAUGUUACCCCACUUAACCACCAUUAAUACAGUAACAGGCUGCUAAACAAAGUAAUAACAUUAUAUUUGAACAUUGUUUCCUACUUGACAAACAAUAUUGAACUGUUUAUUUCCCUUAUUAACAGAAAACUUUUGUACCAGUUAAAGCUAUUGUAAAGGAAAAAAAAGUGUUUGCAAUGUUCAAAUUGAAUUAUUGCCGAGUUCAAGAGAAAAAAAAAGUUUCCUUUCAUGUGAGCUAAAUGACUUCAGCACAAAUCAGAUGUUUUAGUUUUUAAAACCAAAAUUCCAAAACUUUGUAAAAGGUUGUCACAUGUACUUGCCAUCCUAUUUACCUUUACCUGUGAGUAGAGAGGUGUUUACACAUAAAUCAUAUGAGGGCUAGGCCUGCUUCGGAAACUGAUAAGAUUUCAUGCAGUAUAUAUUAAAAAAAAAAGGAACGUGUAGGCAUUUUCAUGAAAUGAAAUAAGUGCUCUAUUUAUUGUGCAAUAUGCAUUGCAUAUAAAGAACUGGUCGUUGGAUCCAGAGGCAUUCAAAGAAAUAUUAAUAUUGUAAUUUUUGUUUCAGUUGAAAUUGUUGCCAUGCAGAUGGAUAUAUAAUAGACUACCUUUGUGUCUCGUUGUUAAUGCAAUGUGUUCAUUUUAAAGGUACUAAAUGUGUAUUUGAUAGAGGAAAUGCAGAGACAACAUGUAGCAAAUGGCCUGAACUGCAGAUUAUUUAACAAGGCAAAGACCCUGAAUAUACUGUGUUGAUUGGCAUAGAAAAAAAAUGAGAAGAGCGUUAUCGGUUAGUAUAUAUGAAACAAACCUUUUUGUGAUCUUGUUUAGUCAUAAAAGUCUAAAUGGUGCCAAGGAGUGCUGUUGCUGCAUGUUUAUCUGCACUACAAUUUCGUUGGUCUCCCAAAAUAUUGGCUCAAGGACCCUUCCAUAUGUAUCUUUAUCUGCCUAUGUUGUAUGAAUCUCAAGUUUGAGGACUGGGGGGAUUAUACCAUCCAAAGGCUCGGUGUAGUUCUAGUGGAAGUUGUUUCAAAGCAUGAUUGUAAAAGCAGCGACCUUAUGAACAGUAAUCAAAAUGUCACCAUCACACUAUGAGGAGGGCCACUGAGGCGCUUGCCUGGCUUAGCCAAGGUGAAGAGAGCUCAGUUCACCUGUUGGUGAAUGUCUAGUAUGUCACUGGAUGUGCCCGUCCUUUCAAGGUUUAAGCUCUGAGGGUGUGACGUUCAGUGGGGCUACUUUGGAUACAUUCUCAUAGCUCUGCUUUAGAUUUGUAAGCCCAAAUACCUACCUGGGGUGAUGAGAUUCUGUUUUGGUCUAAUUGUAAAUAUUUGGGCUGCCACACGGAAAACAACUGGUUCUAAUCCAGUUCAGUCGCAUCUCAUAGAUGUGUGAUAGCAGUUUUAUAAACUCUGUCAGUAAACUCCAGAGAAACUGGCAACAAUCAGAUAAUGUCAGAUUUACCUCAGCAUUGAAUUCAAUGAUUGCUCCCAUGUUUAGAUUGACUGGAAACCAGCAAACUAGACUGUCCUUGACCACCUAUUUUUGGAGCCUCUGGUAUAGCCUAAAUGAUACCUGAUUGGGAGCAUCCUCUUCAGCAUAUAAACAACCUGGUGCCUUACACACUCCGCAUGCUUACACGCUGGCCUGGUGCUUUGGAUCGCAGUUUUGCUUUUUUUUUUUUUUUACUUCUUCUUUUUUCUUUUUCUUUUUUUUUCUUUUUUUUUUUAAUUUCCUCUUCUAUUUCUUGUGUCUCAGCCCCCUUGUGUGCUAGCGCACGACUCGUGGUGCUAAAAGGGUUUGUUACAAACUCUUUCGAAAAACAGGAGCAGAAUUCUUAACUUUUGUCUGCUGCCUUUCAUCUUUCCCAACUUUAUUGCCAUCCCCAUUCCCCAGCCAUCCAGGUAUCGGCCUACAUGUAAACAUGGAAGGGGGUGGUCACCUAGAUGCAAGAUAAUGCAGAAGAGUUGGCUCUUCACUAGCCAUGUGCAUUAGCAGGGAGAGCAGGGGCUGAUUGGGAACAUCAGUAGUGGCCUGAAAUGAUAUAAAUGGUUAUCGGUAAGCCCCACCCCACCCCUUGAAAUGCUCGUUCUAUGGCUUGGGUAGUUAUGUGUAAGUUGUAAGUUGCUCAAUUAAUGGGGAGUAGCAAGCAUGUCUUGUUUUGUUUUGUUUUUUGUUUGUUUUUGUUUUAUGUAGUUUUACCUUUUCAGCGUUAUUCCACAUUAUUUGUAAUUUUGGAAUGUUUUCGCCCACAAAAAAUAUAUCUAUAUAUUUUUUUUUUUUCUGUGCAACAUUUCAUCACUGUGUGCAAUAUCAUAUGUGCCAAUGGUGGCAGUAUAUGUAUAUCAAUUAAAUAUAUGAUUACUAUUUGAAAGCA